GGCCAGAGUCCAUGUUGGGCGAAUUUUUCUUCAUACUUCCUUGUUUAUUCCUUCGUUGGAAACCGUGGUAAACACACUUCUGGAUGAUUACAGAUUAUGGAGUCGUUUUCAGUGAUAUGGUGUUCGUUUCUGCUCGUUAAUGUUCAGUUCUUCGUCUGGAAAGUAGGUGAGUAUCUUCUCUUUAUCAUAAAAAUCGUUCUACGGUUUGAGAAUGAAACGUUCUGUUUCAACAGCUUUAGUUCACAGCUCAAGCUACUCUGUGUAAACUGCCAUACAAUUUGUGUAGUUACAUAUGGUCGCCGAACUCAAAAAGAAAAAAAGUGAUUUAUGCACGUUUGAUUAUUACUAUUACCGAUUAAGUCCGUGUCAAGUGAGACGAAUUUGUGAACGCCUGCAUAUCUAGAAAUAUCAAGUUGAUAUUUUUAAUAUUCGAUUGAACUGUAAACGUAAGUUUGAUUGCAGCGCCGAGAAUGACUCCUCUUCCAAACUUUACCCUUUCAUCCUAACCUCAGCUUGCUCAAAUUUUCUCUUGAAUUUCUAUCAAAAGGGGUAUUGAAGUGUGAGCCAAGAAACAUUUUCUUUUAUUUCGUAAUUGAGGAGUAAAAUAACAAUAAAUUAUUGAGAAGAAUCAGGAGCUGGAUGAAUAAGGAAAUGAAUAUCUGCUGGUCUGUGCUGUUUUUCAGCUCUAUCUACCAAGGCUAAUGAUAUUUUCCUUUAGAUAUUAAUACAAGACUCUUGGAAGCCUUCAUUUGUGUAAAUAUUGUGAUACAUCUGUGUGCACUUACAUUUUUCUUUUCUUCUAUAGUACUUAAAAUGUACCAGACAUUUUAGACUUAUGCAUAAUGAUAAAUGUGUUGGUUUUUGAGCUUGAGAGAGUAGCUUUGUGUGUGAAAGCAGAUUGCAAACUUAAUUGCUUGACUUAAGAAAAGAUUUCUUACUCACUAAUGUCAAACCCUUUUUAUGGUUUCUUUUAUUUCAUCGUUUUUUUUUAUUUAUUCAGUCCACGAAACAUUACUUACACUACACAAGCAGCCACUUCUUUAAAUUUUUAUAGCUCUUUACCAAAACUGACAUGCACUAAGUUAAACAUAGUGUAAAUUAUUACACUUAUAAUUUAAAUCAUGUGACCACAUUACUAUAAUUGUAUAACCAAUAACCUCAAUGUAGUGUGAAAAUAUGCACAGAUAUUUCUUCAUGGACAUUAUCUGCUUUAAGAUUAACAAAAUCAAACAGCUAACGGGUUGGUGUGGAAUGCUCACUCUUCCUUGUUCUGUGGCAUAACUUUAUGAACAAUCAGACAUGUCCCUUUUCUUUAAAACCAUGAAAUGCUUUCUCAUCUUGAAUUAAAAGUUGAACAAAAACUUAUCAUAGUGUACACAUGGUUUGGAAAUUGGGAAUAUCCAUGGAUACUCCUCUGUUUUUAUUGGGUAGUUUUCAGUCACGUGAUGCAUCUGGACCAAUUGCUGACAAGCAAAAAUAUUUGAUGAAUUAUAAACAUAUACACAAUAGAAGCAAUAUAUGUUAUUUGCCGGCUGGGAGGUCCGUAUGGUGAAAAACUGUGAUCGAGUGAUCACAGUUUUUCACCAUACAGACCGACCCUUAGCCAGUAAAUAACAUAUUUAUUUUUUUUAAACUUGACGAAAUUCUUUCCAAAAGAACCCGAAUGAUUUAGGCCUGCAAAUACGGCAAGAUCUUCCAUAAACUGAACAAUUUUUUAGCGAGUAAAUGAUAGUUAAAAUAGAGGUGAUGCAAAUUAAAGAGAGAUGCCUCACCAAAAGAUUUUCAUAAGGAUAAAGGUGAUUUAAAAGGCUUCCUAACAAAACUUUGAAACAUUAUUUUUCAAGUAUCUGUCACAAUCUGACACCUGUCAAUUAGAGAGCGCGUAAGAAAAGAAAAAGCGCAAGAACAUUUGAAAACAACGGAACUAGUUUGGCAAGGACUGUCACACAUGCCAAUGUUUUCUUAAAAAACAUUCAAUGAUCUAACGGAAAGUAUUAUUCACUCUCAUCAACGAUUCAUUCAUGUACGAAGAUUUACCUCUGUUCACUAAGUAAACGGUGAGGAAAGUAAUAGUGAGUAAAUUCAAAUUUUUUAUUUUGAAGUUGUGAGAGUUUGCUCGUUUGUUUGAUGCGAUGGCAUGUGUAAAUCUGGUCUUUCCUCCACAAAAACUAAUGAAUGGCACACUCUAAUGAGACACAAGGGGAUUUAAUACGGCCUUUUCUCAAUAAUUCCUUCAGUUUCUGUAGUACAAUUUACGGUACAAAUGUCUAAAUUGAACGGACUCGGAAAGACUCACCGUAUAUUUCGUAUAUUUCUUGUAAAACUGAAUUUAAAACUUUGCUCGCUCUUUCACUACGAACAAAUUGUUUGAGAAAAUUCAGAUAUUAAAUGAAUGAAGUUCCUUCAUUCAGUUUAACUGUAACUAAAUACCUCACGUUUUAACUUUCUAGGUACUUUUUGUGAACGAUUAAAAUUAAUUGAAGAAGGUUUUGAGGUUGCUAGUCAACCAACGUAAUGACACUAUUGCUUAAACAAAUUCUUUCUGAAACCAAUAUUUUUCUGUCAACCACAGUGAUUUGAGAGAGAGAAAAGAGAGGAUUCACAAGUUAUUUAUCGGCUUGAGGUAGUGACCGACAUGUUUGCUUAAAAAUACUGCCCAGCUGGAAAAACGAGAUAUAUGUAUGAAAAAUGGCAAUGAAAUUUGGGAUGUACUCGGCAACUCACGAAAGCAUUACCGUGGCCCAUGGGCAGAGAUAGGAAAAUACUGACCGGGUUGAGAACCAAUCAGAUUGCAGGAUUCUUUACCAUGCCCUCUGAAAAAAAAAUAAGUUACCUUACUGGUUAUGGGGUUUACAAAGGGAGAAAAUCUCAAGAAACAAAACGAAAAAAGAGAAAAAAAUUAAAGAAUCGAUAAGAUGACUGUGUUGUGAUUGUCAAACACUGAAAUUUUUAUAAAAUGUUUAAUAUUAAUGGGGGAACAUGUUAGUGCUAUGAUUGGAAGAAAGUUAGCCAAAAAGUUGAAGGUGUUCAGAAUUACAGAUGUUCAUGUUGUAUAUACCACUUCUUCCUUUUGAAGAUUUUGUAUGUUUCUAUAGUGCCUGAUAUUUCUUAUUUUUAAUUUUUUUUUAGAUGGUUUGGUUCCUUUUUGCCUGCAUUUAUAUUUCAUUGUAAUUCUUAUAACAUUUGGAGGUUUUGGAGGAAUUUUCAUCAGUUUUAUUAGUUUCAUCAUCAAGUAAGAGGCAAACCUUGCUAAAUAAAAUGUCAACUAAUUUGUGGUAUUUUUUGCUGCCAUAGGCCAUUUGAAGCAUCUUUUUACUAAUCUAGAUGCAUAUUGCAAUCUGCAACUGAAUAAAAAAAAAAAAGGAAGCUGAAAUUUCAAAUGUAAAUUUACACUGAAGUUUACCAAGCGGUAGGAAGACAAACAUGUUUACCGAACUGGGGGUGUGUCUUCUAGCCAAGUGCGCCUUAUAACCGAAUAACUAUGGUACCUAUUAUUUCCAAAAUUUUAUGUUUUCCUCUCACUGAUUGUUUGCUUGGUAUAAUUAUACUGGUAGAUUGUGCUAAAUGUUUCUUCAUGUGGUUGCAAUUUUCUUGUGAACUGUUAACAGACAGAGGUUAUAUUGACUAGCUAAAACAUGCUUAUUGAUUGUUUCAGUAAAAAUUUUGAAUAUGAAGGUAGCAAAGAGGGUGUAUCUACAUGUAUAUAGCAGAAGCCCAAACUUGCAGUUCUUAAAUUGCAUGAAUCAAAGUCAAGAACCUUCUAUUUCCAAGUAAUGUAAAUGGUGAAGGUUGUCUUUUACUUGCACCUUCAGCUGUACACAUACUCCCUGUGAUCACUUCUUUAAUGCAUAUUCGCAGCUGAACACAAAACUAUUUUUGCCUUCAAAACAAUUGUACUGUAAUUAUCAGUUUCUUGUACUAUAAGCUUAUACUUCUAAGAUUAAAUAUAAAUUGGAUGCUUCUUUGCAUCAUUUGCAAACAUUUAUGUUUGCAAAGGAACUUUAAAAUAAAAUUAAAGUUCCUUUGCAAACAUAAAUGUUGAUUGAUCCUGUUAAUACUUUAUAAUUAUGUUAUUCUUGUAUCAGUAAUCUCAUUUCAAAUAACAAAUCGAUAUACAUGCUUUGCAAUGCCUAAACUUUUUCAACAACACAAUGUCUAUAAUUAUAAUUAAUUGCAUAAGAAUAUCGUUCUUCUGAACAAUCUCACACACAAUAACAAUGCUGUGGAUGUACCUUAAAUGAUAAUUAUGUAAAGCCACUAAGAAGGACUAAAUCUUCUUAGCAAGAAUGUUUAAAGAAACUCAAUUCUUUUUUUUGGAAGGCGGCAUCAUAAGACUUCUGAUAUGAUAGGUUAACUUUAUUUGAGACAAGUAAUUUGAUUUGAGUCAAAUAAAGUCCCAUUAAAUCAAUUUAACAUCAUUUUGAACCCUCCUUAGCCAUUUAAGGAAUAUUUUCUAUCUGUCAAGUUGUUGCAAAUCAACUUCCAGUAUGAUGGUUUGACCUUUAAGGGAUGACUCAUUUGAUUCAAGUCAAAUUAAGUCAAUUCUACAGCAUUUUCAACCAUCCGUUGUAGCAAGUUGCAGAAUACUUUUUAAGUGUCUUGCAAAUCAACUUCAGGUAGGACAGGUCAACAUCUUGAAACAAGUUGAAUUGAGGCAAUUUGACAAUAUUCUCAAAUAAACCUCUUAGCCACCUGUAAAAUAUUUUGUAAGUGUCUUGAAAUUGACCUCCAGCAUGGCAGGUCGACUUUUAAGGGGUCAAAUCAUCUGAUUCUAAUCGAAUCAAGGCAGUAUGCUACUUUUGCUAAUACUGGUGUCCAGAUUAAUGCUGGGAUUAGCCAAGCCGGUGAAUUAAUAGUGGCAGUAAAUUAGUGAGAGCUGCACAUACAAAAACCAUGUCAUCUAGCGUGUCCUUUAGAGUCAGAUGCACCAAAGACUGGAAAAUUCAGAAUCAUUUCAGACACUGAAUGGCACGUUCAACAUGAAUCCUAGCAUUUGCGAUUGCCUGACCCUGAAGAACCUUUGCCUUGGUAAACUGUGCAUGACCUGUGGUAAAUGGAGGCAUUUAAAGUUUAACUUGCUUUGUUUACAUGUUUAGUUUUACUUGUUUAGUUUACAUGUACAUAAUCUUACCAAGUGUUUGGAUGAGUCAUGGCUCUUGUAACUGGAGUAUGUCAGUUUCUGUGCCUCUGCCAUGGAGGAUUUGUGAACAUAUCUCUCUGUGCAGUCAGUGAUUGAGCAAACCCUGGGCAACAGUUUAAAGGCUUUAGGGUAGAAUUUUGUUACAUUUUCCUGGCUUGGCCAGUUAUUCAAACCUUGAAAUUCACUUGCUAAGAAAGGAAUCUAAUUUGAUAAAACUGCGGACACAUUACUUGCUGAAGUCUUAAAUAUGUAGGCUAAGUCUCUUUCAGACAAAUGUUUUUGUAAGCGGCAUAAUGUCAAGAAAAAUUCCUGUUCAACUGUUGACUUUCUUUUUCCUCCAAGCUUACAUUUACAUACUGGUAAGUCCUUUAAUAACUUUUAAUUGUUUGUGACCUUUUCCCUUUGAAAUAUUGCAACUUUUGCAAUUUGGGUCUUAUCUUUGAUAUGAGAAACUGAAACAUUCCAUAACUUUGAAAGCCAGUAUAUAUUUAAAUAUGAUGUUCAGUUUCUUUGAUGUCUUAUAUCAAAAGAUUUUUUUUCAUUUCAUCAAUUGUGGCUUUUGCCUUCUUGAGUUGUUGCUGUAGAUCAGACACUCUUUUUUGAAGUUCUAGACAGGAAGGGCAAUGAGGAUCUGAUUCCUGUUCACCUUGAGGACAUUUCUGUCCAUGAAUGCCAACUGGCAGAGCAUAGGUAUGAUCUUCGCAUGAUUGGUAGAGAUCCUUUCAAGUCAAUUAGUGGACAUUUUGAAACUUCCCUAGCAGCAACCUGCAGAAUAUAUUGCAAAUGGACUUCCAGUAUAACAGGUAGACUUCAACUGAGACGAGUCGUUUGAUACCAGUCGAAUCAAGUAGAUUCCACAACAUCUCUAGCCCUCCUUUUUAGCCACAUGAGGAAUAUACUUUAAGUGUCUUGCAAAUCAACUUCCAGUAUGAGUAUGACAUUUCCACCUCAAGAGGAACAGUUAAUUCAGAUUACCUUGAUACAGGAUGCCAUAACCAUAAAUCAACUUCCAGUAGGUGGAUUCAGAGGCUACCUUUGACAAAUUGACUCAAUUUGGGUGUAUCGGACAACCCUUGAGAAAUCCAGAAUGAUGGUAACCAUCCAACUGCACAUAAUAAUAAGUUGUAUACCUUCAGCAGUCUACAUAAACAGUACAAAACAAUAUCCUGUGUUUAUGAAAUUUCUGUCUGCAAAAUUCAUCAAAUUUAAACACUGUGGUUCAAAUCUUUCUCUGCCUGCACAAGCCAAAUUCCACUAUUUUCCAUUUCUACAUGCAUGUCAUGUUUCACCUCACAGUCCCCUAGUAAAUAUUUGCAUUGUAACACAAUGAUCUUUGUUUACAAGGUUCCUCUUGCUUCCAGAGUGCAUUUUAUGUGUGUGAAUGCAAGUUUUCCUAAUUGAUUGAGAAUAAAGAUAUGGGGCAAUGAGUAGCCCUAGUUUGCUUUUGUGAGAUUGUCACAGGAUUGUUUUUGUCUGCUGAAGUGUAAGUAAUUGAUCCAGCCACCAAUGUUUACAUAAGAUAUUUGAAUUAAACCAGCCAGCCAAAAAAAUUGCAUUGUUCUCAUUGCUCUUGUUUUACAUUGGAUCAUAAACAAUUGAGGUGAUUCACAGUAUCAUGUCAUUAUGUGCUUUACCUUGAUACUUUUUUGUUCACUCAAAAGGUGGCAUUUGAAGCAACAAUGCAAAGGUUAAACUGUAACUAGUGCUGUCAUAUUUUGCAUAGUUAUUUUUAUAAGAUGAUGGCGCCACACUUGGGCAAGUUUGGGACAACUAUUUACCAUGGUGUCUGCACUUGAGUGAGUGAGUGAGUGAGUGAGUGAGUGAGUGAGUGGUCAUAUGCAUAUCAGAGUCCUCAUAAAAAUUUUCUUACAAGCUUCAAGUACCACAAGUUAAAAAUGAACAAAUUUUUUAUAUGGGCAAGCUAAAGUUGCCUUAAGGGUGUACCUGUGAAGAGUAUGCCAACAGAUGGCUACAUGUACCUCAGUGUUUUGCUUUAUGAGUAGCAAUUAUCUUCAUAAUUACACAUACUGUAAAUUGGUUUUAUCUGUCCAGUAGAGAAGAAGUAGAUUGUGUUUUAUUGUUGAACUUCAUGAGAAUUAUUUUACUACUGACAAUUUUUUACAUAUUAUGUUUGCACAUUUGUAUGAGUAUGAGUACAUUGUCAAUGUCUAUUUUGAAUUCAUCCCUCUUGGCAAAUGGUUGUUUGUGUUUGAUUGUCAGUAACAUAAAGAUAUUGCAAUGUUCAAACAGAUAACCUGGCUCCACUGUAUGUUGUAUUAACUGGCCACUUUCUUUGUGCUGUAGAUGCAACUAUUACAUGGACUCUGCCCUCUCCACAACGUGGUCCACUCAGUGCUUCAGAUGGCACAGCUCGAACAACACUCAAAGUUUUUGAUGGUAGAUCUCCUGAGUUGCGUUUGGAAUGGGACUUUACCUUAGAUGGUGUGGUGCUUUCUUUUGUUGCGUGGAAUAUAGGUACCACUGUCAAUAUCGGGAGUAAAGCUCCAUCUGGAGCUGUUACAGUACUUCCGGCCUUUCAAGGACAAUUUAACAUCAGUCCUAAUGAUCGUGCCACGUUGAUAAUCUACAAUACAACAGCUGCUGAUGGAGAGAAAAUCACAUGCAGGGUGGUCGCUGGUAUGAAUAUUUGGGAGGAUGUAAUUCUAGUAGUCAUAAAAGGUGAGUGUACAUUUUGUUGGUUUACUCCAUAUAUGCACGUGUAUGUGUAUGCCUAAUUCAACUAUCUUUUGAAACAUUUUGCUCAUUCCACAAGAGAAUGUGCAUCAUAGUUCAUGUUGACUGUGUAUGCACAACUAGCAGUGCAUCUCUCAGGGUGUGAGGAAGAUAAUCAAAUUUUGUGAUUGUUUGGGUAAUCGUGGAGGAUUACACAACUCUUAGAGGUAGCAAAUAUUUUAUAACUGAAAACUGACCCUCCAACAGGAAAUGUUAUCAUACCUUUUAUUUAUCACAUAAUUGGGAAAUUUUUUCUUGUGGGAUAAGCUUCAUGAUAUUUUACAGUAGGGUUUUUUUUUAAGAUUGUAGUUUGAAAAUUAGAACAUUGUAGUUAUAGUUUGUAGAUUGUAGAUUUUAUAUUGUUGAUGAAUGAGGAAGAAGCAAAUGAAAUGGUUUGAUGCAAUAUUUCUUCUACUCUGCCUUGCCAUCAUUCUCUGGAGUGUUUAAAGGUUGUAAGCAAAAUUGUUCUUAAAUCUUUUCCCCAGUAUUAGCAAAAACAUUUCUUCGAAUUUUGCAAUAUUGGGCAAUCCAGGUCUCAUAAAUUAUUCCUGUAAACUAAUUUUUAUUUUACAUGUAGUUGGGAAACUUAUCUUAUCUUAGUCAUCUACUGACAAUCAAAUAGAAGGUAGUAAUAAUCACAACCUUAAUCUAAGAACUAGAAAUAAUAUUACUUUUCUUCCUUAAGCAAACAGAAGAAGGGAUAAUUCCUUAGACUGCUCCUCAUUUUUGUUAACCAUUCAGGCUAACAUAUUUCAUAUAAUUUUUUCAUCAUACCUAAGCAAUCAUGGUGUGCAGAUAUAAGUUGCAAAAAUGGAAAAAGUGCUUGUAGAACUGGAUUCUGAAAGGAAAAGGGAUACCCAAAUCCCUGGUGAGAAGAGAAACUCUUCCAGUGUUGCUACACUGUUAUUGGAAUUACAUAAGUGAAUGUUUUAGUGACUCUCUUACUUUUUUUAUCGACAUUCUUCUUUUUUAUGGUCGCUUUUAUUCUUUUGUGUGGCUACACUGAAUUCAUACACCUAAUAGUGGCUUGGUCACCAAACUCCUUAUUGAUAUAGUGUUCUGCUCCUUAUUGAUAUAGUGUUCUGCUCCUUAUUGAUAUAGUGUUCUGCUCCUUAUUGAUAUAGUGUUCUGCUCCUUAUUGAUAUAGUGUUCUGCUCCUUAUUGAUAUAGUGUUCCAUCCCACUUGCUUGAGAUCCUCAGUGCAUGAAGUCCCCAAAAAUUGCAAACAAAAAAUUUAUCCUUCUUGUACAACUGUAUGUAUUGUCUGAGACAUUAAAUUGUCUAUUUACCUACAGUAUUGUGCAAAAAUUUUGCAAACACCUGUCAAUGAAAUUCGUUGAAAUUCCUUGCUUUUUGACAAACUGUGGUCCAAAACCAAAUUUGGGCAACAUUUUGAUGAAGUUUUGAGGCAGUUAUUGUUCGGAUUCAUCUGAAAUUUCGUAGAUCAAUUCAGUGGGAACGUUAGUGAGCCUCAAAAAUGUGAGGAACUUUUCGGAGAAAGUAGUGUGUCAUUAUUCACACAAACACCAUAUUUGUGAAGGUAAACUACUUCAUAACAAAACAUAUGGACUUCCCCACUAUGAUCCAGUCUCCAACCAAACUGCCUUGAUAGGGACCUUGUUUCGAAGCACUUCUUAAUUGGAUUAAUUUUUCUCAACAUUUAGUUGCAUUCAUGUUGACAAUUUUAAACUAAACUAGAUGCAUAUUUGCAUUCACCCAGGCUUUCUGUUGAAAAUAAACUUUGUUUUUUUUCUCUUGGUAUGCAAUCCCUAAAGAAUCACGUAACAAUAUAACACCAAUGUCAGACCAAAAGAAAACACAAAUAAGAAUGGCACUGUCAGAUUUAAAACUGAUAAUAAUUGAUGAACUCUCUGUGGUAUAAAAUACUUUGCUACUGCACAUCCAUCAAUGAUCAGGAGAAAUAUUGUCAACAUCAAACAACUGUCUAUUUGCAGGACUUGGCAUCAUUACGGUAGGUGAUAUGUAUUAACUUCCACCAAUUUGAAGAAAAUUUGUCUCUGAAGAAUAUAAAAAUAAUGUUUACAAUUUGUGCCAUUCCUGAAUACUUUUCAAGAUGAUAGAGUUGACUACAAAUAUGACACAAAAGGAUGACCAACCAUUCACAGAGUUAUUGAAUAGAUUUAGAACAGCUUCACAAAUAGAGGGUGAUAUCCAAUGCAUUCAGUCAAGGCUAGUGUGUCCUAGAGAUACUGACUACCAAGUAUUGUAUUUUUGGGACAGUUUUUUCUGUAUUUCCUGUUUAUUUUUCAUAUCCCUAAAUUUUUUUUUUCCAAUAAUAUUUUUUUCUCUGGUGGCUCCAUUGCUUUAUAGUAUUGUUUUUUUUUUCUAUAUUAAUCAUCAACUUUUUUCUUUCCUUUCUGUCAACUACUUUACAUGAACAUAUAGCAAACGGUGUUCUGUAUUGCCCUAGAGUAUAUUUCUCUAGUAUUUUUCUAAUGCCAUCAACAAGUGCCAUUCCACUUAUGUUUUUAGUGUACUGAAUAAGGGACGUGUCUCUUUCAUUAUAAAGCAGGGGGCAAUACAUAUAUUUUGAUCUUUUUGUGGGUUUAAAGGUACAACUGAUACAUCACAAAGAAAAUGACAUAAAAAAACCCCUCUGCAUUCACUAUUAUGUAUUAUUUCAUUCUCAAGAAUCAGUUAAUAGUCCCUCACUCUCAAACAAAUUAUCCAAAUUUACUUCAGUUUCACAAAUAUCUACAGUUCUUGGUAGAUUAGCUGGUGAUUGCUGGUUGUGUUCUAAACUUGAUUUAUGACACAUCUUUUUGCCUUUGUCAACAAUGGUGGGUAAGGAUGAGUUGUAAUUCCAGCAGUUACAUGAUUUCAUAAUAGAGUAGCAAAGAGAGUAUAGAGCUACAGCACAACUUAGAUUGAAGUUUAUGGUUUCAUUCACACUGUUUUAAGAAACCAUCCUAUUUUGAAUAUUCUCAAUUUAUACACCUCUCACUUCAAAUAUGUCAUUGUUAUGUAUACUCUGAAAAUAAUGCACUAAACUAUCAAGAGACAGUACUUCGAGAAAAACAUAUGUACCUUGAGGCUGCCCUCUACCAUACAAAUUUCUAGCAUGGGAAUCAAAUAUUUUGAACCCCAUAUUACUCUUACAGUAAUACACCCUACUGUAAUAUGAAAUUGGUGUGGCUUUCAAAUUUGAGCGACUCAAAGGCUCUUUAUAAAGAUGUAAAGUACUGAUAUCCUCUAUAGCAAUUUCUUGGAGAACAGUACUAGAGUAGCUUUCACUGUAUUCCAGUUGAUAGUCAGUAUCAAACACAUUUAAAGGAGAACUAAAGCCAAAAAUUGAGUUAAUUUCUUUCGAUAGCCAAAGUGACAAAAUUCUCGAUUUCAGGCGUUAUUUGUGCUAAAUGUGUCUUACCUUGGAGAAAUAUUUCUUUAAAGUUUGUAUUUUCGCGCUGUUUCGGCUUUCAAACCGUGGGCACCAAUUUUAAAUCAGCGGUCUUCCAAAAGAGCCUGUGACGUAUGUUAUGGGGAUCACUUUAGAACGUGUUAUCGUUCAGCUAAGUUUUAAUACAAAUUGCUUCUUCGUCGACCCUUCGUUAUGAGCGGAAUAGAACCAUUUCAGUUCGAACCAGUAUAUCAGCCUGGAGAAGAACCACCUCAGGAAGAGAGUGUAGGACAGGAGGUAGAAGCCCACGAAGAAGACAAUACUUCGAGGAUGGGAAACACCGAAUGGUGUUUGUGCGGCGCUUGUGCGCUUAUGCCGGUGGCAAAUGAAUGUUACUGCUGCCAAGAACUAGAGGAGCUUAAUCAAAAGUUCGACAAUUCAGGUUUGUACUUAUUAUGUGAUUAUUCUCACGAGUAUUUUGUUUGAAGCGACCGCUUCUUUGCUAAGAGUGACAAAAGGUGGACAAUUGCAAACUCGAUCUUAGUUGUAAUUACAAUUACAAGGUCUGAUGGAUGAAAAUUAUUGAAACAGUGAGGGAAAUAAAAUGUUAAGACUUUUUUCUUCUUAAUAGGUGUUAGAUGUAUAACAGAACAUCCGAAAUUUGGUAUUGUGUGCUUGGACACGGAUGUUUUGAGCACGGCAUUGGUUGCAAUCCACAAUGCGCGGCUCAAUCCAAUUCCCGACCCUAUCGUCAACAGGUAAACUGUCUUUCUUUCUUAUUUUGUACGCGUAAUUAAGUCAAUCGCUUUUGUGACUUUAUAUCCUCUUGUUCUCUAGAACUUGGCGUUUGGCAGCCUACAGACAAUUUACUUGGUGGGCACAUGGGGUAUUAGGAAAAAACCGGCGGAGAAUCGUGCCAGCAUGCGUCGUCACGGCCAUACGUAAAACAUUUCCAGAAGAGAGUGGUAAUUACGUGGGGUUUCGAGAAGCAGAUCUGGAACUUUGAACUUUAUCCUUAAUGUCCUUUAAUAAUGAUUAGUAACAUAUCCUUUGCGUGUAUAACAUCAGAGGCUCUUCUUUCCUUAUGUUACGGUUUCUUUCUAAAAUUUGCGUGAAAUAUACAAUUACUUAUCGAGGAUAUGAAUUACUAACACAUUUCUGCAUAGUGAUUCAGUCAAAAGCCAUGCAGAGCCAAACGAAUGUCAUCCCUACUGCAGUUAUUAAAUUAUCCACAUUGCCAGGGAUAGCUGCGUGGCCUGAAUGAAAUAAACCUCAAACCUAACUUUGAUUGCUUUUUGCUACGAUGAUUGCUUUUAUUUUCAUUUGAUUGUGUUAUUGACAAAGUUGUUGUAUUUAAUUAUUCGAAAAUCUCGAAGUAUGAUUAGCAAUGACAUCUGCUUUAGGAGGCCGGGGUUUGCUGGCAAUGUUUCCAGGAAUGUGUGGUGCUGUGAUUGUUGCACUCCUCUCUUGUGGUUUUAAGCAUUUUCUCUCUACAAUGGCAUUAAGCAUUGGCUUGAGAUGAUAAUUGGUUGUCUUCUCAAAUAUGCGCUUUGCCACCCAUUCUUUUGUAUUUUUCGGAAACACUACCUUAUAUUGCAGCUCCCCUUGGCUGGCACCCCUGGAUACAGUGGCUUGUUGUCUACCAGUGUUGGCAUUAUGGUCUAGUGCUGCCAACUGAGUUCGAGCAACCAUGCCAUUAUAAGAGAAGUGCUGCCGUUUGGGUGCAUAUUUGGUCUGCACACUAUGGUACACCUCUAAAUUGCCAGUAUGACAACUUAGUGUUAGUUGCUGAAUGUCCUUCAACAGAUUUUUAUCGAAUACAACCUCCUUCAAUGCAUUAUGAGCAGAGGAGCCAGGCCUAAGCCACCUUUUAGUUCUUGCGAUAGCUGGAGGGAUUGGUUGGUGGGCACAUUCCUCAUACAGGUCAGCUGAAUCCCAGGAGUGGAUAUUGGCAGUGUGAUAGACAAUGGAUAUCCACUUCUCUCUCAACAUCUCCUUGUCUCCCCCACAUGUUUUGGCACACCACCAAAGGUGGUUUGAGAUGGAUCUGAUCCAGAGAGAGAGAUCAGCACAUUCUUUCUUCUUUGCUUUUUCAGUUAACUUUUUAGUUAUACUCUUGGAAAGGUGCCACACAUCAAAUUGAUGAUCAACUUCAGGGAAAUUUCUUUUCAUGUCAGCCCUAAUGCCCACAUGACGGUCAGUUGCAACAACCAUAAUUUUCCCCCCUUUUUCAUAGAUGUUUUCCAUACAGCGUUUAAAACCCUCUCUUUCCAUGGCAUUGCUAUUAUUUACUUCACUGACCUGAACAACCUUGAAGUCAACAAUCUUAUCAGUUUUCUGAUCAAUCAUGGUAUAUGUCCCAUAUUUUGCAUUAUGGCCAGGACUGUCACAACGCCCAUCCCCUGAAAGCCACAGAUCUCGCCCCCCUAGCUCAGAAAAAGUGGAAUUUUGUUCUUUAAGCCAGAACUCAUUGAUUACAGGUAAUAAGUACUUGUUUUGAAUAUUAUAAAAUGUUUUCUCACUGAAAAUUUUCAAAUUUAAGAUAUCUGCCAAAGAUGCUACUUUUGUAAAGGUAGAGCCACUGAGCAAAAUAGAUGAUGACAACAACAAAUUUCCAGCUGCCAUCCCCUCAAGCAUUGGCUGGCUUUGCCAGGAGUACUUAUGAUUAUUCAUACAUUCUAGGGUGACAAAUAGUUGGCUUCCUUGUGUGGAUUGGUUCCUCUUAAUCACAACUGCACCACACUCAGGACAGUACUUAAACAAUUUAAAUAGCUCUUGUUUAAAUACAAUGUAUUUGGUAUCAUCCUGUGGCUUUUCGCAUUUUGUUUCCCCUUGGUGUUCGUUGUCUGAUCCUGACAAGUUCGAAUCAUCUGAAUCUUCCUGUUUUGUGGGAAGGUAGAUGCUAUCUUUUCUUGGAGAGACUUCUGGGGAAGCAGCAGCUUCAGUUGCUUCUUCUUUGUUAUCUUCAAUUUCAGGAAGGAAUACCUCUUCAGUCUGGGUGCUGCUUUCUGAAACAUCAACCUCGACUUGGGUGUCAGUAGAUUUCAUCAUUAAAUGGAGACCACGAAGAUUGACUUGGAUCCCAAAAUCCACACCCUUGUUUGGCAAAUUCACCUGCACUGCUUGUGACUCAACCAACGUGCUUUUAGGCCCUAAAUCAUGUGGGAAUGGAUAUAAUGGGCUGUCUGAGGUUGAUGUACUUGCUCCACAAUUCACUACAUCAACAGGUGCAGGCUGUUCUAAAGCUGAAGCUGCAUGUUCUUCGAUUCCACAACUAGGUUGUGCAGUGAUAGAGGCUAUAUACUAUAACAGAAAAAAUAUUAACUCUGUUAUGGUAUGGGUUAGUGACCCUUUGAGAGAAUAAAAAAUUUAGGUAUGGGGGAUAAACUAUGCUACUAUGUGGUUACACAAUGAUUCAAUGGGAUUUUCUUGGAAAAUAUAACACCUGACCCUGCCCUCCUUUGGUUGAAAGCCUGCACUGGUUUCAACUUAGAAUUUCCAGUUGUAUUAAGUUUUUAUUCACAUAGAAGUAAAGAAGGUUAAAAGAAUUCAUUAUUUAAAGAAUAAUAUCCACAACUUAUAUAUAGUCUAUUUGUACUAAUUUUGUUCACCUGCUAGUUAACAAGGGACAGGUAUAAUGUUCCUAGAAUUAAAGAAUAAUCACUUUAUUCAAUAAACGAUACCAGCAAAUUCCGAUUCGUCGACUCGGAGAGACCGAGAACCAGAGGACGACCUCCUAAGUAUUACCACCCUCUCCUUCAGAAAGAAAGGGAGUUGGAAACUCUCGUUCGAAAGAUUCUACCGAAAUCCAUUGCUGACGCUCUCCGCCCGGAAGGGUCCAGACUCGCACACUUGUAUGGCUUGCCGAAGACACAUAAAGAACAGUUGGCCGUGCGGCCAAUACUCUCUGCUACUAACACCUACAAUUACUCGCUAGCGAAAUGGCUUGACGACAAAUUGAAACCCCUGUCGUGCAAACCAAUAUACAGUGACAGACACAUUCCGCUUUGCUGAUGAAGUACGAGGCUUCGAGAUCAAGAACGGCGAAAUUUUAGUUUCCUAUGACGUCACCUCAUUGUUUACAAAUGUACCAUUGGAGGAAACAAUACAGAUCUUAGCUGAAAAAGCCUUUGCCCAGGAUUGGUUCAACGAGACGCACAGCUUGAACAUCUCUAAAGCGGACCUAAUCGACCUCCUCCGAGCAGCUACGAAAAACCAGCUUUUCCAGUUUGACGGUGCUUUAUAUGAGCAGACAGAUGGAGUCGCUAUGGGUUCUCCCCUUGGACCGUUGCUGGCUAACGUCUUCAUGUGCUCGAUUGAGGAAAACCUCGAACAACACGGUCAACUUCCGCGCUAUUACCGGAGGUACGUCGAUGACACCCUGACCGUAAUGCCUGAUAGGGUGACCGCUGGCCAGUUUCUAGACACCCUUAACUCUACCCAUCCCUCCCUCCAGUUUACCAUGGAAGUCGAACGGGAAGGAUCCCUUCCCUUUCUAGGAACUGAACUGCUUAACCGUGCACCAAAGAUUGAGAGCAAGGUCUACAUCAAAAGAACCAACACGGGUCUCCUUCUGCAUUUCCAGAGUCAUGUUGACAUUAAGUACAAGCGCAGCCUAGUUAACACCAUGGUGGAUCGCGCUUAUCGAUUAUCUUCUAAUUGGUCUUUCUUCUCCGAGGAAUGUGACCGCCUUAGAGGGGUUUUUCAUAACUUGAAAUACCCAAAGCCACUGGUUGAAACUACAAUUAAGCGGUUCGUUGAGAGAAGGAUUUCAUCUGCAGAUCCCUGUCCAUCACCAGACGUACCAUCGGAGAUUGUGAGAUUAGUGUUACCCUUCAAGGACCAGUCGUCAGCUAAUCAUGUUAAACAACAACUGAACAGUCUAAGCUCGAAGUUAAGCGUGACUGUCCAACCAGUGUUCGUUAGCCCUAAGCUCGAUCAACAGCUUAAGCAACACGAAAUUAAGCCCCCUAUUGUUAACCAACAAUGUAUCGUUUAUGAAUUUAAAUGUAACCUGUGUGAUGCAGGGUAUGUGGGCUAUACUCGUGGUCACUUACACGAGCGCGUAGAAGGGCACACAAGGAAAUCAUCUUCUAUCUACAAACACUACCACCUCCAGCACAAUAGUGAAAUGCCUGAACGCUUGAUCGAGCAAUUCAACGUCAUCGCGAAAUGUAACGGCAAAUUUGAUUGCCUUGUUAAUGAAAUGUUGUAUAUUCGCAUGCGUAAGCCAACACUGAACGUGCAAACGGAUUCCAUCCGCGCCAAGGUGUUUGUUUAAGCCGUUCAUUCUAAUUUAUGCUAUUCUUGUACCUUUCCUUAUUUGCAUGUUUUUAAACUAGUCUCUUGAUAAUGGAGUCACGAUGACCCCGAAACGUCGAGUAAUAAAUCUUUCCUGGUUUUUUCUAUGCCUUUGCUUUAGCAAAUCCCUGCUGAUCAAAUCACUUUAUUCUGAAACAAUUUAAUUUUGUUUACCUAUUGGUCAAAAAUUUUCAGGAGAGACGAAGUACAAAGAUUACUCAGAAAAAAAAAAACAUGAAACUAGAAGGAAUUCCAUGGCAGGAUAUUGUUUUGCGUAAGGAGAAGAAAUACUUUUUUGUGAAAAUUUAAUGUUUCUCAAUGGAACCUAUUCGGGUGAUAUCCCUUAAGAUAUAAAUUGUUAUUGCCCUCAAACUGCAUUCACCUUUUAAUUUUUUUUUAUCAAUCAUGCAUAAAUGAUGAGCAGCUUCAAGAGUUUGCAACAACCCAAGCUUUGCAACAACCCAACCCAGUUACAAGAGAGUAAUUCGCGAUUCACUUACUUCUUUUCUGACUUUCUCUUCUGAACGUUUCUCCGAUGAAAGUCGAGGUCUUUUUGAUGGUCUCCUAUGCGAAAAAACCGUGGGUAUUGCACCUGGUUUUAGCGUAGAUCUGCGUUUCAAACCAAGAAUUUCUGCUUUCAAGUCUCGUUCGUAGCAGUCAGGUGUAAAAUGUUCUGAGCACAGCCUGGAGUUUUUCGAAACGACCAGAUCCGCUCGUGAGAUCUUUGCCAGCCACUGUGAUCGUAGAGCUUCAUCCCUCGGAAAGCAAUGGUAGGAUAUACCAGUUGUGUACCUCGAGUCGUUGUUACAAUCGAACGCCGCGCAGUAUACCAUUUUUUAGCUCGAAAGUAAUCGAAGUAAAUAAAGCAACGAGGGCUACUCAACCGCCAAGAACAGAUAGAAGAAUAAACUCAAACAACUCGGGCUUCCGUAUUUGUACAUCCUUUCUUGCGUAAGCCAAGAAUUUGACCCAUUAUAGAGAACUUAUAAACCAAAGUUCAAAACGAAUUUCAAAAUUUUAUUUCCUUUUGGACUUCUUGCGACAUUGUUAACAGCGUGCGUUAUCGUACAUGCCAUUGCAAAAUCCAGACUACAAACGCGUUGCAAACUAAUGUUAAAAAAGGUAAAUAACAAAAUAUGGGAAACAGAAUGGAAGAUGAAAUAUCUUAAAUUACCAGUAUGUAAGAAAAAUUAAAGUGGAGACCCUAUUCCGAAAACAUCGAGGUCAAUCCAAGUAUAAAAGAUGCGCCGCACAUGAUCUGGACACGUAACUACGUUUCAGAGACACAGGGUUACGAAAGCCAAAAUAUUUUUCUCUUACACAAUCCCUGGAUAGAAGACCAAUUUUCUUAUAUGAGAGGCGCUUGAAUCAUUUUUUGCUUCACCUUGCACAAUCUUUACUCCUGGAAAACCACAAAUUCUUUCCCCGCGAGCAAGCCGCAGUCCUGAAUUCAACUUGCCUGUUUCUUGCUGUGUUUACCUUCAUCCCCAUAACUUACGUCACACGCUACAAAAAGAACCGCUGACAUUCGUGUUCUGAGCCGACGUACCACAGUCAAAUGUCGAGCCAAUUAUCACUAAAAACCCUUCGUUUUCUGGAUGAAAACUGUCGUUCGAGGGAAAAAAAAUGACGGAAAUUUGUUCCAUCAUACAUAAAUGUACGAUACACGGUGAAAAAAAUUACAUGAAUUUGGACUUCAGUUCUCCUUUAAUGCUGUUGGUAAUUCUGACUGCAUUAAAUAUGCCCGUCUGGCUAAUCAUGACAAACUUGAAUAAAGCUGAUUUCCAAUAUUCAUUAUUUGUAUAAGAUCAUUUGCAGAGCUGAUCCCUUGUGUGUCAUUGUAAAUCAAAGAACACAAACUCAUUGCAACACAUUGUUGUCCUGCAUUCUGUCCAAAAACUAACUCGCUACCUUGACUACGGGAAGCUACUAUUGUUUUGUUAGGGUCAACAUAGGUUGGAGGGCUAGGAUUUUUUUCAGUGUCUCUACUUAAUUUACAGUUGCAAUAAUUUGCUGCAUGAGCCUCAUUCUAGCAAGAACACAUCAGUUUGUUACAAGAAAACAAUUCUAAAUAACGACUGGCAGGAUAUUUUACCUUUCAUAUACAUUGACGAAUUCUUUCACGACGGUUAAAAUUGAAUGUUUUUUUAUUGAAUAGUUUUUUAGCGUUAACAUAGCAGUAUGAUGUAGAUGACAUGGGGAUACAUGGGAGAAUACGUACAUAGACAAAUUUUUCUAACCUUUCUGCUCUUGUUCCCUAACCUUUUCAAACUUGUUGGUAGUCUGCUUGGUUCACGAUCACAUCUACAUACACGAUGAUAGUUGCGUCUAUGCUUCUCUCGAUUAACAUUAGAUAGCUCAGUUGAUAUAGUAUGUUUCUCGAUGAAAGGUUCACUCAUAAAUGUUCGCUCAUAAAGAGAUAUAUCAUAAGGUUCACGGACCGACCCGUUCCGAAAACGCUCGACAUAUUUUAGUGUGGGUCUACCGCGAACGAUAUGAGCAUAUUUUGUAUGCGUUUUGAGAGUCUUAUACACAGUGUCUGUGCUGAUUUUGCGCCGCGAAAGCUUCUCUUCGUCCGCCAUUACACCAUCCUGUGUGCUCAUUAGUCAAAACGACGCGCAUGCGUCAGACUCAAAAGGUUGCGCAUGCGUGAUGGGGACUUAACUGCGAUUUGCGACUGAACGAAAAAAAAAAAGCGAAGCCGGAAUUUCAACUCGGGCGUUUCCCUUGGAAAGCCCGAGUAACAAGGAGUUGCACUGAGUGCCCUCUUAGGCUUUCAUCAAGCUAAAUAUUUAUGGCAAUCAUCGCCGCUGAGAUUCUCUGAUGCCGAAAAUGCGGUAGUUAGAUAACGGCGUUAUAUGUGACUAACACAGUCUAGAGACUGUACGAUUUUACGCCUGUAUCUGCGUCGGUGCACAUACUGUAACUAACGAUGUAAAAUGCUAGUAACUAACGGCGUACUUUCUUCUAGUCGGUGAUGUAUGUAUGUAAGAUUUUACGCCAGUAACUAACGGUGUAAUUUCUUCCAGUCGGUGAUAUAUAUGUAAGAUUUUACGCCAGUAACUAACGGCGUAAUUUCUUCCAGUCGGUGAUAUAUAUGUAAGAUCUUACGCUGAGGCAGUGGCGUAAAAUUUUACAGUAUAUAGACUGUGUUAGCUACAUAUUACGCCGUUAUAUAUAUUCCCCAUCAAGCUAAGAAAGAAUGAUCUAAACCAAGCUAUAGGAGAGGAUACAUACAAAUAUUUGUUUAGAAAGACGUUGCAACUACGGUGGCGAUGAAUUAAACAAUCUCUUUGAUGCCCCUGACGAUAGUGAUAAUGUGAACGGCUUUAAAAACAAAAUUUUUGUUAGUGGGACUGCUACAUGUAAACGCUAAGUCUAAAAUGAGCAAGUUCAAAACAUUUAGACACAAGAGAAUAGUGCAAACUUAUCAGCGUGUAGGACAGUUUGAUUGUCUUGACUGUUUUUUUUAAUUGCUUCAUCAGGGUAAAGUAUUGAGGUAUAAUAUUAUGAUUUACGAGGUCAAAAUGCGUUUCUGGCCAAAAUCAAUUCUAUUUUGUCAAGGAGCCUGAAGUGUUUUGUCAGAAUAAAAUCAUGAUUGAUUGUCACAAACUUUUCACAAGCCUAUUUGGCUCAGUGCUUUUUGUUCCCCACAUCUGGAUUCCUUCCACCUCCCCUCCCCUGCCUCUUUUAUCCCCUGGUACUCUUAUCUCCUGCCCAAAGAAGUCUUAAACAAGGAAAAUUGUGUUCCACUGCCUCCCUUUUUAGCUCAUUCAUGCUGAAAGCUAAUAUUAUUACUAAUAUUUUGCUGCUAGAGCAACAUUUGAUGCCUGAUUAUGCUCACCCAGCUCACCCUCCGUCCCACAAACACACACGCACACUCUAGCAAAAAAAGACACUGACUACUUAAUGACCUCAGCCCAUCCCACCUCCAGCCCACGCAACCUUUUUUCCAAUUCCCAUGACGACGAUUGCACAAGUUUUCUUUUCACACAGCUGUCCAAAAAUAAAAGAAAUUUUAUUCCAUAAGUUUUGAAAGUUCACAUAAACAGAAUUAAACCGUACCUAUAUUCAACAAGUCAAAGAAAUCAAUACAAACUUAAGCCAUGACAUGAAUUAGCUGACUCGAAGAGCCCUUUGAUUUCGUUUCGGUUUUAUACGGGAAAGAUUAGUAACAGCCCUUGCCUCUUAUUAUAAUUAAAAAAAAUGAGAUAGUUAUAAUUUUUUUUUAGUAGUUUUCACUUUUUAAAUCCAAGUGAUUAGUGGCAAAUUGUAGCUUGUGUCACAGUCUUAAUUUUUUCCUUGUUAAUUGAUGCCAUUCGCAUUCUCAUGUAAAUGGAUAACUUUAAUGUGCCCCCUUCCCAGGAAUAGAAAUGUUAUGGAGUAGUUGGAGCAGUUGAUUAAAUUGAAUUAGAAUUUUAUCUAUUAGUCUUCUUCACAUUUGGUGCAGGAACCAAUAUUAUUUGGAUGAAGUGGCGGUUCAGAUUUUGGGUUGAAAUUUUAGUUUUGUUUGGAACGAAAAUCAAAGCUUAUUUGUUGUUUUGAUCUCAGUGAUAGUACAUUUAUCUCACUUUUUUUCCUUUACGGCAUACAUUUGUACCUAUCCUAUAUGUGAUCCUGCAACUGCAAGAUUUAGUCAAGUAUCUUAAUGAUGUGGCCUUUCUCUAGCAGACAUGUUGUCUUGAGUGCAUUUGUCAUAAUCUUGUUUUAAGGCGACCACUGUGUGACAAAAUUUAAUCCUUAUUGAAAGACUGAUUUUAUUGUAUAGAAUCUGUUUGUCACAUCUGAAGAGUGACUAAGAGUAGUAUCAUCCAUAGAUGUCUGUGGUAGGAGACAUGACGGUAGAAGGAACAUGUGGGUGGGGUUAUGAAACCUUAAUUUCACACAAUGUUUUCACAUACUUUUCAAACUAGGUCUUUUAGACAUAUAGGUGCAAAGCCAUGUGAAGAGUUGCAUGACGUGGACAAAGAUCUUUGCAAGACCCCAAUCAAAAAUUUAUUCCUUGAAGAUCUUAGCAAAGAUCUUGUUUGUUCUUGAGGAUCUUGGAAAAUCCUAACAAAGGACUUUGAAAGGAUUUUAAUGAGGAUUGGAAAAUCUUUAUCUUUGCAGGCAAUAUUGUUUCACAUGCAGAGUUUCACUCGUGCUGUUUAAUAAAAAUACCUUAUUGAAUUACAAAUAUGUUUAAAAAUCAUACAGCAUUUGAAAGAGUGAGCCUUGAGUUUAUCCUCUUUAAAAAGGGCCUCUUACAAACUGUAAGAAACCAAUUUUGCUACAGUCGACCCUCCCUUUGAAACUACUUAUUGAAAGAAACAACCUCUCAUUAGUAACCUCUUUUUCAAAAUGCCAAAGGUUCCAAGUCAAAUCACUAUAAGUGGAACCUUUCAUAAGGGACCACCUCUCAUAAGUGACCAAUCCAAGAGAUCCUUAUUUUCAAUAUUCAUUUGUUUGAACCUCUGGUAGGCAACCAUCGAACAGACAAUCUGAUUUAUCUCUCGCAAGUGGGAGUGUUACCCAAAAUAGCUUUACCUCUUGACUGAAGUAACAAAUGAGCCAAGUUUUAAGUUUCUCUCAUGUGAAUUGUCCCAAACGCCGCAUUAAAUAAUUUCUGGGAUACAUCUUAAUCAUCAUACAUUCUAAGAUAUUUUUUCCCUUGAAUAAGCUGCUGAAAGCUACUACUAUAGCUUUCGAGAAGUGCUUACAAAAUGUGCCGGUCACCAUUUGUAAAUUACUUGAAAUAUGUUCCCCCUCUCCAUAACCGACCACCUAGACUUGCGUAUUUCAGGUGGUUGAUUACAGGAGGUUUGACUUUGUUAAAAUCUAUGUACUACAUUUUUAAAGUUCAAAAUCUAUACAUACAAUAUACCCAAAAAUGGCUUUGAAAUACAAAAAAAGUCAGACGAAGCAGACAAUAAAUUAUAUAAUCAACUAAUGUCCAACCAUAAUUUCACAAAAGGUUGUUGGGCAACUUGUUCCUUGAUGAUCCUCACAAAAAAGGAGUAUUUGAAGGCAUUCAAAGUUUUGCAUAUUUCGCACGAAUCUUGAAUGAAUUUCUACAGUAAAUCUAGUACUGCUAUUGCUGUACUUGAAAUAGUCAUGAGAGUUAAAGUAAAUUAAUUUAAUAACUGUCUUAUAACAUUUUACUAAAGGGAAGUACUCUCGUAAACACUCAAGUGUGCUCCAACCCAGUAAUUUGCAUCUCUCUUUGUAUGACAUCUGUUGUGGUUUUUGACCAAGAGCUAUUGUUGAUGCUCUUCAUUAUAUGUUUUCAAUGGCUAGAUGUAGUUUUUCUUUAAUCAAAUAGAGUGACUGUACUGGACAUGCAUAUUCUAGGAGAGGUCUUACUAGUGAUCUAUAAAGCUCUGAGGAGAUUUCUCUGUUCCUUCUGCUAACUUUAUGCUUCAGUAGGCCAAACAUUUGUUCUUAUUGUUUGCUGACACAUCCAAGCAAAUUGACCAGAAUAAGUCUCUUGACAUGAUGACACAUAGUUCCUUGUAGAAGUCUAAAGAUUUUUAUUGUACGUUUUACCGAUGGUACUGAUGUUUACUUUCAUCCUGCUUGUGGGUGAUUCUCUUAGCAUCGCAUUUUUGGGGUUGAAGUUAACUUGCCAACUCCUCCUUCAGUUAUCAAAAGAGUCCAGGUCCUACUGCAGCACUGAUAUGUCAUUGUCAUAGCUUAGUUGGCAAUAAUGUUGUGUCAUCUGUAAACUAUUUAAUAGCGGAUGUAACGAUGUUUUGUAUUUUAUUUUCGUAAAUGAAGAACAUGAUGGUGCAACGACAGACCCUGAGACACUCUUGUUUUUUCAGUUGACCAGUUGGGUUACAGUGUAGACUCAUUGUCUAUUGCCUGCUCUUCAAAAAGUGUCUAAACUCAAACAAUAUGGAACCAUCAAUGCCAUGUCGAUUAAGUUUGGGUAGUAAGCACUCAUUAGGUACUUGGGAACUAGUCAAGUUGCCUAAAAGUCAUCUGGUUUAUGUCAUUUCACCCAAAAUAAGACUCGUGUCAGCCAUAAUUUUUUGUUAUGUCGCUCGAAGAAACAGUGAUUUAUAAAAUCAGAAUUAAAGACUGCAAGUUGGCAAUAAAGUUAAGACAUCUUUUUCACUUAAGCGGUUUUCAUUUUGGACAACACCAUGAAGACCUUGGCAACACAGAAAACAAUCAGAUGGACAGAAUUGAAAUGUGUUUGAGUAAUGACUAAAGGUCACCCCACCUACCAUGUAAACUUGAUCAAAAUAAAAUAAGAAAUUAUAGGGAAAGGCGGGUUACCUCACCUACCUGAGGUCCCCCACCUCCAUGUAAACAGACCCUAAAACAGAAGCAAGUAUUAAUUACGAUAUGGAUACUUGGGAACCAUGAAUGCCUGCGAUCAGAGGCCGAUCGAUUUAAAAUUACAAAAUCGAUUUUAUUUCGUGUUUAUCGCAGAAUUUGUGGAGCGAUUGCCAACAAUCUUUCCGGUCAAUAUAAUAUAUAGAUUUAGCCUAAAAGCGGAGCUUGCAAUUUUUUUCCCGCACGUCUUAAGGGCACGACGCCUUGCCCGGCCAGGACUAGAACCCGGGUCGUCCGACUCAGAGCCCAGUGCACUGACCACUGGACUACUGGAAAAACCGUGGCGUUGGUGUGCCAGCGGUAUAUGAAGUACCUAAUCGUUUGAAAUUGAGCACCGCUGGGCAAAAUGAUCAAUUUCGCAUCCUUCGCCCAAAGGAACGCGAUGCAACGAUCCGUCUUUAGAUCAAGCAGAUCAGUGAUCCGAUGAAUCUUUGUCUAGAGUGGAUUUGAUAGAUCACUGGUCUGAAAAUGGAUUUGCUCGAAAGGAACGCCACAGAUCAGAAAUCCUGAUCCGGAUUCUCCCAAAGGAACGCACCCAUAGUAGAAACGACGCGUUUCGAAUGUCUACUUUAUUUCCUUGCGAAUCACGAAAGUGGUUCGGGGUCGAUCGAAGGAAAUAGAACGGUGAAAACUAAAGAAAAAUAAAUUAAAUGACAAAUGAAAUUAAACGAUGACUAAAAGGAAAGCUCAGGACCAAAUUACUUACAUUCUGUGCCACACGAAGUUGAAAAAGACGCUAAAAAAAUUCAACGACGCUACGAACACGUGCGAGAAAACUCGUUUACAUAGUGAAUCUAUGUAAACGGCACAAGGUGUUCUAAGGAAAGAAACCCCAAACAACGACGACAAAACAAAGAAAACAAAAAUAAUGUCACAUGCUAGUUUCAGUCGCAACACAGUCUGCCACGCAAAAUUCAAUUUUGACAACUUUAUCCUCAAGAAACAAAAAUUUUAUCAAGGUUGCCAUCCCGUACCUUCUCAUCAGGACAAUUUUUGGAAGAUCAGGGUGGACUGUGCUGUAAAUUUUUCUCGUCAUAUAUACUUUUAGUUUGCUUAGUUUCAAAUCAAAAGUUUAAAUCAUCCUGAUAUAAUGCUGGUGUAGCUGCAUGAGAUGAUGUAGCUGCAUGAGAUGAUGUAGCUGCACUAGUUAAUCAGAGAAAAGGGGCAACAUCUUUGCCAGAAUUUGUCAGAGAACCAAUGUUUACUUUCCUUUGUUCAGUUGCCAUCUUGUGGAAGCUACCAGUGAUGCAUUGCUGUUGUAGUAAGACGCAAAAUAGUGUGAUAUAGAUGGUCAUAAUCACCAUAUUUGUCUUGUUACUUUUCACGCGAAACCAAUCAAAACACAAGACUUUAAACAUUCGCACCAUGUGUAACAACAACACCUUUCCUGUGGUGUUAAGACAAUCUUUGCAACCAUGCUGUGCAUUAGCAAGAGAUAAAAAAGUAACACAAAAAUAGAGGUCGCAGUGAAUGUACUAAGCUUUCUCUGGACUUAAAGAAAUUAAUGACCCUUGGCUGGUAAGUGAAAAGAAAGAAAGUGUGUCAUCAGGAUCAACAAAAAUGGGACAUGAUGUGGGAUUUGAGAGUCACAACAAUCUAACAAUUUAAUAAAGCUUAGAUGUUUAGCAAGUGUGGACUUCCCUAUCAUGUAACCAAACUGAUUUGGGUUUAAAAACGUGGUGUUCUGACCAGGAGGUUCUUUCUUUGUAAAAUGUUAGUGGGUCAUAAAGGGAUAGGUAUUAAUUAAGCAUAUUGAGGAUUCAGGAAUUCAGAAGUUCCCAUGGAGAUAACGUGUCGGGAAACUAUAUUUAAUCUAAGUGAUUUCUCUAUCGAUCUAUGUGAUUAACUUUUCAUAUACAGCUGUAUGCUGUACACUGUAUAUGGUGUCAGUAGGCGUGACUUGGUACAUUUUACAGAUUGAGUGAAUUCAUUGCAUGAAUUUGUUCCUCAUCUGAAAAUUUAAAACCAUGUCAAACAAAGUUGUUGUCUUCUAUUUCCCACAGUAAAUUGUAGGUUUAUUUAAAAAACUGAGGUCAUAGCCAUCUGACCCAGGGAUGAGAGAAGGAUAUAUUUAGAUUCUAAUAUGUUUACAGACACAAUUGAAAAGAUGCCGUUUUCUCUCUAUAUCAAUCAUGUUAACUCAGGUUGAAACUCGGGUUGUCAAGGACGCAAAAAGUUUAAAGCUCAGCCAAGCAUAGAUGCCACCUAGAAGAUGGACAUUUGUAAAGCCAGAGAACGUUUUUCCUUUUCAUUGUUCUUCUUCUGCUUCAUGCUCAGCGAUCAAUUUAGACUGGAAUACUAACAGAAUGCGACUAACUUUUGCUUGUUUGCUCAUACAAUAUUUCUUGUACAUUCCAUGUGAUUUUCCCACUUUGUCACUUUGAAUUUUAUUUGCAUGUGGAAGGCAUGUGGAAAAGUGUUUUAAUAACACUAAGAAUUUUCAUUCAAGUGUAUUCAUUUUUUUUCCAAUGUGAUUUUCUGCUCUUAGUUCCAGCAAACAUCACUGAAAUUAGAGGUGAACAAACUGUUCAUGAAGGUGGCAACUUGCUGUUGACAUGCGAAGCAUCCGGUAAACCAGAACCAAACAUCACCUGGACUAAAGAGAAGAGAGGGAACGAAGGAAAUACUGGUGUGCUACCAGUAGGAAAGGUGCUGAAUAUUACAAAAAUUAGCAGGAAUGAUUCAGGAACUUUCAACUGUACAGCAUAUAAUGGUUUUGGUGAAGCAGAUAGCCAAACAGUUCAUGUGACUGUCACUUGUGAGUAUGCCUUGAAAAAACUUUAAUUUUAGUGCUAAACAGAUAGGCACUUUCUAUUUAUCUUUUGUGUUGUAAUGUGUGCUGUCAUUUACUUGGAUUGAUGUGUGGCUUACAUCCAGGUAUUCAGAAGUUUUCACUUGCCUCUCUUAGCGUAAGCUAAGUGUGCUCCGACGCUAUACUGCUCCAUUGUUUGUACAAGCAAAAAUAAGCUCAAUUAUUUGAAGUAUCACCUCUAUGGUUUUGGGGGUGUGAAAGGAUGAGGACUAAAGAUUUAAAUUUGUAAAAUUUCUCAGUUUAGUUGAUGAAUGUUAAGGUCAUUUAAAUUCACGGUAUUUAACAACUGCAUUGCUAAGUGGAGGUUGGGUACCUGAAACAUCCAGGAGCUUCGACCAUUGGCAGUCAGCUCCUAGAUGGAGACUUCUCCCAUAGCUGGCAAAUCCUGGCAACCCAGACCUGAGUCCCCACACAAGAAAGGGAAACAGGCACCUGUCACACUGAAUAAACAGUGGAAAGAGGCAGGGGAGGGGUAGGGAAAACUGCCUAGAUGAUGAGCUGGCACUCCUCAUAAUGCUGCUAGUUCACGCUCAAAGCACACGCAAGAACGGUUCAAAGGAAGAGCACGUGGAAUUCUGAUGCAUGCGUGUAUGUAAAACACCGCUGACUACUAGGGUACGCUGACAGUCUUUGGUGAUAACUCCAUUAAAUUGCAGUUAACUGCAUUUAACAACUGCAUUGCUAAGUGGAGGUUGGGUGCCUGAAACAUCCAGGAGCCUCCAGUAUUGGCAGCCAUAUCCUAGAUGGAGACUUCUCCCAUGGCUGGUAAAUCCUGGCAACCCAACCAUGAGCCCCCACGCCAAGCCAAAGCAGCCCUGAGCUGAGCGCAAUCAGCUCAGAUAAAUGGGGCUCAUGGCAAAUGCAGGUCAUAGUGGAAGUGAGAGAUCAUGAGCAUCACACCUGCUUUCAAGUUAGCUCUGCCACUGAGAGGAUACUAUCCACAGCAAACAUGCCUUACCUAACCAGCACCCCAUGGCCCCUACUAGGUGGCCAGGAAUACCCCACUGGGCAGCUGUAGCUGCAGAUCCAAUUCCAAAGGUGUGACCAGAAAACUCUUUAAGAAAACCUGCUUCCCGCAGUGCAGACUGCAAGAACGACAACAGAUGAGCCCACAAAAGUGGACAGCCAUCCUGACAAAUAAACAGGGAACCCACACUAGGCCCUCAAAGGAGAAGGUAGUUUGUAAAGCCUACCAGCUGUAUGAGAGGCUAUAAAGGCAAAGGAAACACGGGCCAGCAAGAAAGACAAUUGGCGAAGAAAAACCAACAUGCUUUUGAAGUGCCUGAACACAGGAUGCUGACAACAGCCAUAUUGUCCAAACAGAAUUCUAUCUGUUUUGUGGCCCGUCAAUGGCCCCAUAAUGUGGCCGAGAUGACCACUGACAAGAGUUCCUUGCAUGCAAUUGACAACUGCUGUUUAAGAGCAGACAAUUCCCCACAAACCACUCAUGAUCAGAGUGCGCUGUAACCCAGGGCUCUCGCUGUGUCCAGCUUCCUUCUCAUACAGUGCUGUUUAGAAAACCAAGCACCUAACAACAAUAUGAAGCGCCAAUAUGAAGCCUAAACCUGCCCCACAGAAGACCAGCCUGAAGAGCAAGCCAACCCAGCCCAGCACCAGGCACUGUCAAGCAAACAGAUGACCUUCUCAGUCUAUCUUGGUUAAGGGGAUACCCCAAUCCUCAAAUGCUGAAUGCAAAUGUCCAGACUGCUCCAGUAGACAGGUUAGCUGGGUUGAACCCAAUUUGUGGAAGUUAUCGAGGUAGUGUAAAAGAAACCCCACACCGUAUCCAUGCCCAAGAGCCCACCCCAGCGGUUCUGCAAUAGAGGAGAAGAUGAAUAGGGCAGAGCCUAAUCCAAAGGGAAGAACCAGAUUGGUGAAAUAAUUGCCUUGCAACUUAAUGCCAAGCAAACAAUGAUCAUCAGAAUGGAGACAGAGACAGUGCAAUAUGCAUUCUCCAAAUCAAACCUUGCCACAAGCACCCCAGCCACAAGACUUGACCUCGCCGAUGACAUUGUCCACUUUCAUCUACUGCAAAGAGAAAGUCCCCCAAGGAAUGCUGUCACUGAUGCCAUGUUCCAAUCAGCAACAUUGAUCCAAGAUAAGCUGUCACUUACCAGAUUGGUGUUUCUUUGGGAUCACUCCAAAGCGACUGACAUGAAGGUGCGGAAUUGGGGAUAUAAAGUAGGGGCCCGCGAUGCAACCCCUCUCAAGCCUUGUGAGGAGAUACACUCACUGAAGGCUGAAGUGAUGCUGAUGGCAUAUUCUGGGUUGCAAACUUCAACGAUACCGCUGAAGGAUCAAAACCAAGAUGAAAACCAAUAGUAAUACCAGAAAUCACAAAUCCACUUUUCUUUGGUCAAGGUGAAAACAAAGUUCCUGCUGCAGUUUGUCUGCAUCAAGGGGCGUAACUCUUGAAGAAGGGAUUAAAUCUUGCUGAACAGCACUAGUAAUAUAUCGCCUAGUGAUGGAGGAGGUAGGAGCCUCAUUUACUCAAAAUUGUCCGCAAAAAAGUGUGUCGGACGCCAAAGAAACAACAAAAUUAGCUGAAAAAGAAUAGGAACAGCGUGAAAUUGAAACUGGACGAGACAACUGAACACUAUUUACAACAUUCUUUGGGUAAGGGGCAUUGAGCGAUCUAGAGACCACCUCAACGCCACCGACGUUCACCCCGCAAUGACAGCCCACACAGCAGAGGCAGCACCAGCAGCGACCAAAGGGCCAGCAAAAGGUGCCAUCAUUCCUUGAUCUGCGGAAAUUGGAUGCAAGUCGCCUGAGUUAAGGAAUGGAGAAGAUAGGGCUGAUGGCUGGGAUUGUAGUGCCAAAGGAGAAUCAAAAGUAUACAGUUUGAGGUCUAUACAGUACCAGUCUGCCAGGCCUGAUGCAGCUCAGUCCUUCUGAAAGGCAGUGUCAUAGUGAAGCUAGGCCUUGCUGGGGAACUGACGUGAAGUCUUCAGAAUGAAGAGCUUGAACUGCGUCAUGUCCUGCCAUCUAGAAGGAUGUGUGCAGCCUGAAAUCUACAUGUAGACAGUGAAUGCCUCCACCCAUGUGACAAUCCCUGUGAUCUCUUGCAUCCUUUUCUUUGAUGAACUCACUAAAAGUUUCAAGAUAUGUUUGUCUUUAAGUUUUCGCCUAGUAGGUCGACCAUAUCAACAAAUUGCCCUGACCUAAUCUUGGUAACCAGCUUCUCUGGGAUAGGAGAAUAACCUGGGCCAACCACCAAAGGCCUGUUCAGAGAAGAAGGGAUCCCAGCAAAACGGUAGAUUGUGAACAGAACCGGCAGAGAACGCCAGCACAGAGGACUAGCUGAUGGCGGGAAGCGCUCUGUUCGCUAAAAAAAGAUGGCUAGGUUAAAGACAAAAUGCCUAACGUGCAAUAUAUAUGUGGAAAUGAACGAUGGCACAACAAAAUUACCUGAAAAUAUGCCUGCUCAGGAUGGAGGAGAAUUGAUGGCAGAGGAGCCCGAAGAUGUUGAGCUCAAGAAAAUGUUUUCCGCCGACGUGUAAUGCGACACUGAAGUACAUGUAGUCAUGGAGUGGCUUUACAUGGCCGGCAAAAUGUGAGGCAACAACUCGCCUAACGCUCGGGAAAAGGCUUGACUGAGAUCCUGAGCAGGGAGCACCAAAGAAGGAGAGGUGACUGCAGGGGCUGAGGCAACCAAGAUUUCUGUUAAGGAAGGAGGAGGAUCCAUAGAGGACGGGACCAAUUAAUUACUUUCGACGAUUCCAGCAUGGCAGUGACACUGUUAUUUGUGGAACGCCCCAAAAGCCGAUCCAUAUGAAUGAAAACAGUAAACCAGCAGGAAAACAGACGAUGCAUAACAGUGCUUAACCCUUUCGAGACAAAAAUGUACUGGGAAAAACAAAAACUGCCUGGACUCCUCACAACGCGGCAAGUUCACGCUCAAAGCACACGCAUGAACGCCUCAAGCGAAGAGCAUAUGAAAUUCUCACACGUGCACAUGCAAAACAUCGCUUUGUUGUUAACUCCAUUUAGUUGCAUUUAACUGCAUUAAAAGCUCAGACAAUUAAAUAAACAUACAUUCAUGAAUGCAAGAGGAUCACGUAAUUGAUGUUCAAAUAGUAACAAUUUUACUGGGCCCACAUGCACUCACAUGCUGUUGGAGAACUUUAUGCAAACACAUGUAAAUCAAUUCAGCUGCAGAACAACAGACUUGAUGAACAAUUACCUCUUGGAUGUACUUUUAGCUAUUGGUGACAAUUUACUAAGUGAAUAUUUGUGUAGAUGCUGUUUUUUAAUCUGAUUUUUAUUUUCCAAACUGAUGUACAGAUCCACCCAAGAUUGUUAAAUUUAAAACUGAAUAUUUUGUUGGUGUACAAGAAAGGGUAACUCUUAAGUGUGAAGCAGAAGGAAACCCUCCAUCUACGUACAUUUGGAUUCCAUGCGAUACAGAACAAGUUUGUGACAAGAAUGCUCUUCACAUUUCACAAGUCCUUAGUGACACCAACUAUACCUGCAGAGUGGCCAAUGUACAUGGAAAUGAUUCAAAAACUGCCAAUGUUUGUAAGUCACAAGUACAUUGUAGUCAUGCAUUGAACAACUAUAUCUUCAUACAUGUACCAACAUGACAUUUUGAUUGGGUUCUCAGAGUUGAACCAAGGGUUAGCCUGUCAGGUUGUUAAAGCUUUAAUAGUGCCUUUACCUUGUCUUGAUGGAUAACUUUCUGUUUUCAUAAACUAAUUACAAUGUACACGUACAAUAUUGAUUAUUUUGUUACACGUAAAGUGCAAAGAAAGUAGUGCAGUAAUUAAACUUCAGAUGGCUUGUACAGGGGUGAGUAGGGGAAAAACUAUAGUUGGGGCUCCUGACAGCGUAAAGGGAAAGAAAAAUUGUACUUGGAGGGAUUUUGUUUUUGUUUUUUCGUCUUUAUGUCAUUAUAAGUUGAAGUACUGAGGACCUACGUACUUUACAGUGUACGUCAAUUUUAUAAUGCUUUCAUUAAAGCAAGAGAAGCCAAGUGACACCUUGCUGCCUCUCUAUAUUUUCUUCAAUGCCAUGCACUUGAAUUUGAAAGCAAAAGGUCACUUUAAUAUGAGCAACUGACUUUUCCCCUGAAUUGUUUUGCUUCAGUAUUAGAACUUUUUCAAAAUUUUUGCCAGACUGUAGCUCUUGUUCACAUAAAUGAGAAAUAUGAUGAGAAGUUGACCAGUGCCCAGGAUCAUGUAGGCAAUGGCAGAAACCCCAGUUGUCCUUGUUACAAGCCACUCACUGAAAGCAACAGACUUCUCAAUUGUCUCUGAGGUUAAAUAACCUUAGAACUGGUCUAAAGUUUUCAAACGGAAUACCUGUAUCAAUAAAAAUAUUGAGUAAAUCUUGUAGUAAUGAUUUUUCUCCCACUUUACAGACAUUGGAGGAAAUGUGAUCAACAUAACUAUUGUCAACAUAAGUGAAAUAUGUACAGGUGGAAAAUACAAAUCAUCCUUAUUACUGGAGAAAUUUGAAGAACUGGUAACUUUAUGAACAUAUAACUUAGAUAUUGCUGUCAAAACUAUUGAAUAAAAAUAUACUAGUUUACAUUGGAGGAAUUUUUUUCCCACAAAUAAACUGUCUGUGUUGAACUUCACCUGAUCUGCUAAAUUGUUAAUUAUAGUUGUCACUUAGUGUUGGUUACUUCAGGGUCAGAAACUGAUGUGCUAGCUGUAUAAUGAUUAAAAGGAAAUUUGACUUGUAGAGAACGUGUGGAGAAUAUCUCAUUUAAUUUGACAGUGUUUCUUGAAUUGUUAGAUUGCUUUGUCAGUUUUCUGUCAAAUCGUGAACUUUAAAAGCUUGUCACAGUCUUUUUAUAAGUCAAUGUUUGCUCAUGGUCUGUAUUUAGGGCAAUAAGAGGCCUGGUGCUUUUUCUGCCAAAUUAAAAUAAGAGGCAAGUGACAUGAAGAAGAGUAAUUAUUCAUUGACGGGGCACUUUAAGAAACAACUGAUUAACACUCGGAGACUGAUUCUCAGCAAAACAUCCAUGUUCAAUUUAAUAUCUGAUAUUUGACAGUGUUUUGGUGUCAUCGUCAUUUUUUCCUAUGUGUGAUACAUGUACAGUAUCAUUUUAAGACAAAUGAUUGAACUGUUUACUUGUAGCUCAAGGACGCUUUUGCUGAUAAAUCUGGCUAUGAAGGAGUGCAGUUGAAAUGUGUUAGGUAUGUGAAUUAGUUGGAUUUAGAUGAUUGCCAGUUGCUCCCGUUUCCAAAUAUUUUAAUGUAGAAAUGUUAUUAUUUGCUCUUAUAUUAGCUGUCUCCCAUUUUAUGUCACUCUAACCUUCCGUCAAUGUCUGUUCCAAGGUGUGAAAGUAGAGUUGCUGUCCUUGCACUGCAAUUUAACUCCUCUACAAAGGAGAGAGAUGUUAUCAUAACACUUAAUGACACUGUGAAAGAUGGAAAGCUGGGAGAAUUUAGUGUUGGUGCCAUAAAAGGGGAAAGGCCUGAUGUGAAAACAACAUGUGAAGGAACCAAAACGCAACUUGACGAUUCUACUGGGGGUAAGUCUUCAUAACAAUUCCUUUAAAAUUUUUGCAAGCUGAUAAAUGAAUGCCCCUGCCGUGUGCCUCAUUGAAAGCAUGUUGUUUAGUGUGAGAAAUAUGUUUUUGAAAGUAACCAUUAUAGUUCGUGCAGAAUUGUUACUGUGGCAGGUUUUUACGGAGAUCCGAAAGCGUGGUGUAUAAUAACAAUAAACAAGGUUUACAAAAAGCAAUUUUCAUUAAGGCAUUAAAAUGAAAACAAGUUAAAAUUAAAAGUUGUCAAUAAAUAUUAUCAUAAAAACCUUAACUAGUAUGGGGAAGAUCAUUUGGCUGUAUAAAUGUACAAAGCGCUGAGUUGAACUCAGCCAGGACAUUUGAGAACAAAUCUGGCAGUAAGUAGCAGGUUGGAGGCUUUGAACCCAGAAACACUAGAUUACAAGAUCAGCGCUCUAACCAGUCUGGUACUCUGCCUCCUUAAAAGGACCUGCCAACAGAAAGUUAUGGUCAUGCUGACUGGGGGGGGGGACUGUACAUGUAUUUGGAAAUCAAUUUUACCUUUAUUUAUCCUAUAUUGACAUUGAUAUUAAUUUCUUUAUCUUCAUUAAACACCAGGGGAUUUCCCUCUUACAUGGAAACUAGGUGUACUCACAGUAGCAUUUGGUGACCUGCCUGUUACAUUGCUGGAGUUUGAAAUGUCCCAAAGUUCUAACGAAAAGGAUGAAAUAUACUUUUCCUUUUGUAAGCAGAGCCAAAUUUCAAAACAAAUUACGAUUCCAGACUAACAUUAAUCAAUGGAAGUAAAUAUAUACCUACCCCAUUUCAGCCAAAAGAGCAAAAACAAAUUUUUCUUAGUUGAGAAAAGCAAACUAUCUGGUUCUGUCUAUGAGAAGGAGAUGGACAGUGUGCAUAAAGUGGUUAUUGCAUUUGUGCUUAUGGGGGAAAAAGCAAUUGUAAAACACUAGUGAUAACCUUUUUUAAUCAAUAAGGCACAAUUACUCGUUACAAUCACACUUGAAGCUCAUUCAUGGAUUCAGUUAUCUCGAGAUCGAAAAAUCGAUUUACUCUUAUGACCCAAUUGCUGCCAUCACUUUGCCAACUUCUGCUUCAUUUGCAUAAAGGAAGAUUAAUGUCCGUCCAUCCCACUACCAUAGUUAAAGUAGCUUUAGAGCGUACGAACAGUUUAUUUGAAUUAUUAAAUAAAGUAACAGGUGUAGAUCAUUCAUAUAAUGGGAUAUUUAGAACAAAUAUGAACAGCCUCCAAUAGAAACAUUUCAUACUAAUCUAAUCCUUAAGUUCGUGGACAAUAUUUUCUAUAGAUUCUCAAAGGAGAUUAACAUGUCAAAUACUUUCCCAAAAAAUCCUGUUUAUGUUUCUUCAUUUCCAUGUUUCAACAAAAGGAGACCAACCACACCUAAUUAGUGAACCAUAUUUCUUAAAAGCAGGUGUGGUCGAUCUCCUUUUUUUGAAACAUGGAAAUGAAGAAACUUAAACAGGUUUUUUUGGGAAAGUAUUUCACAUGUUAAUCUCCUUUGUGAAUCUAUAGAAAAUUUUAUCAAUUUUUAUGAAAUCUCUGUAUAUUCAAAUUAUAUUUUGCACAAAAUAUCUACAAGUUCACCACAGUGUCACUUUGAUUUAAUUUCGUGACAGCAUUUGGCUCUCAUUUUCACUGUGCGUAUACUCUUAAACCAUUUACUCGAAAUGUAUUUAAAACGUAUGAAGCAAAAGAAACAACGUAAUCAUAAUUGAAAGGAUAACUUUUUAUGCGAGAAAAAUCUAUUCACAAAUUUGUAGAGUUGAGCACCUUAACUGUUAGUUCUUAGUACAAGUAAUACCUGCAUUUUCAAAAAUGUGUCGAUAUUUCGUUUUGUCAAUGCCUCUGAAUAGCUUGCAACUGUGCUGGCCAAGGCAGUGACCCGUAUUAGUUUAUAUGGAAAGGUUAUCGGGAGGUAAACUGAGGCUUUGUACGAAAGAGAUGGUUGAAACGGCCAGCAAGAGUUCGCGGCAGCACCUUUUUUAAUUGUGAAUACUAAUUUAUAACUUUAUUUGUUCCUGAGCCAAAAUUACAUCUGCUGUUAUGAAAAUUAUAACAAAGAAGGUCACUUUGCUCUUUUUCUAACCGAGCGUUACAGUUUUCAGUGCUGAAAAAUGUUUUGCUUAUUUUUUCCACAAGGAAUAAGACAUAAGACUUCACACAAAGUGUAACAUAUAUUUUGACUCAAAACUCUUGGGAGAGAGAACGCAAACAAAUCCUGAACUGUCUGUGUUAUUGCUCCUUAGCCUCACUAGCGAACCGCUAACAUCUUUACAACAGUGAGAGGGUAGCUGUUUAGUAAAAUCGCUUCUACAGUUAGUUUUCCAUACUAUCUUCUUUUUAUUUGUCUGUUUCACCAUGUACAUAUAUGUGUAUAUUUAGACGUGUUUUUCUUUUAAUUCCUUUUGAAUGCGAAUGAACAGUUUUUUUUAACGGUAACAUUUUGAAAACCUUAUCGUAGCAUUUAGGUGACAGUCAUUUGACCCUGUACGGAACUGGGUUAUGCCUCAAUGGGACUUCCAAAACUAAUAUGAACAAUUUCGUAAGGAAAUGUUAACCACAGUUCACUCAUGAUUUCAUUGAAAUAUCACCUGUCCAAACAUAGUGAUAGAAAGCGUAGCUUCUUGGUCGUCAAUUAUACUUAGCUGUAGUUGUCCUGAAUCAUUGACGGUUUGUGUCUUGUAGGGAUCGCUUGGUGGAUCAUUUUGAUCAUUGUGUUGGCGGUAGUAAUCGUUCUAGUUUUACUGGUCAUACUUCUUAAAAAGACAGGCAGAUGCCCUCCUCUUUCUGUUAAAAAUGGAAAGCAUCCAAGGGGUGAGUAUUUUCCAUUUUAAUCUAUCUUUUGAAUGUACACCAACUUUAAUCGAUUUUGUAGUUAGGGUGUCAGGGAUAAUGAAAUGUUUGUGUGGCGUGUUCUAAGUUUAUUUUCUCAAUGAACAUAAUUUUCUUUCAAAUUAUGGACCAUGAAGUAUUCAUAUACACUGUACAUCCCAACUAGUCAGAGAUGUGGUCAUAUGGAGACUGAAGUCUGUUGACACGAAACUUAUUUCUUCUGGGAUCAUUACAUUACCGAGCUUAAAAUUUAUCAUCUUUCUUACAAUGGUAACUCACUUGACGCUCUCAAAAUCGCCUACCGUAGUAGUCUGCGGAACGUGUAUGAACAUAUGAACCUAGUGAUGGCUUUGUUCACCGUCUCAGGUUCGGUUCCUCAUAUGUUUUCACUGUUGUCUUCCUUUUCGUUUCUUUUUUCGUUUAAUUUGUUAUAAAUAGGCACUUUUUAUUUUUGAAACUACAAAUUGCACACGCCCUACAAGCUCCCGACAUUUUGUCAUUCUGAAAAAUUUACUCGUGCUUAUUGCAUAUGUUUUUCAUGGUGACCAAAGGCCAGGAAAUGGUCAGGGAAAAAAGAAGUGAAGAAAAGUCAGGAAAACUUUAUUUUGUCAGAGAAAUUGUACGUCUUUGAGAGAUGUCAUAGAAAAGUGAAAUCCCAAGUGAAAGAAACUCAUUCAACUUGUCUUGACCUCUUCUAUAGGAAAGAUGACAACGCCCAACAUUUUGCGAUGUCAAUGUUACACGUGAAUAUUGUUCAGUAUAUUUGAUAGACCUUAGUAAGCAUACUGUUUCCCUUGUAAUGCAAGCUUGAGUUGGUUUGGGAAUGAAAUUGUUCACCUACCUCUUUCUAUUUUCACAAUUUUUUAACAUUCAAAAAGUAUUUGGUGCAAUUCAUCCAACAUGAAACAUGUUGUUUUGGAAGGAUAUUUUUAUUCCUUGCACGACAACUGGCUGAUGUUGGGUUUCCAAGAAAAUCAAUGUCUUUUUUUGGAAUUACCAAUUCACAUACACUGCAUGUGAUUAGCUGAAAACAAAGAAAAUGAAUUCGUGGGGAGGGUCGCUGUAAGGCGAGGUUGGAGACCAUUCUUAGGACGUAUAUUUUAUUAGAAUUGUGAGUUCAGUUGGUCGGAAAUUUCAUAUUUGUGAGGGAUUUUCAAAUACGUAUAACUGUAUGUCGCUUCUUUUUUUCUUUUCUUUUCUUUUUUUGCACGCUACUGUAAGAAGUCCAUUCCGAUGAAGGACGAGGCAUAGCGACGUAAGUGUUGUUUAAUGGCUGUUUUUUUUCUGUUACUAAGGAGUCAAUUAAGUCUUUGUUUUUGUUUGUUGACACUUCCACCGGUUGUUUGAUUGUUUCGCUUUACGUAUAUUUAUUCAGCUUUGUUUCUGAUUUCUUUGAAUGCGAAUAAACAUUUUUUUUUCCUUUUAAAAACCUUAUAUAAGAGUUAAGGUAGCAGAGGGUUUCAAUUUAAAGAAAAGUCAUCGUACAUUGUAGGGAAGCGGACAACCAGUAUGCAGCUGCGGGUCCUAAUGUCAACUAUCGAGCCUCCAAUCCAUCGUCUGAGCCUUCAGUGACUUAUGAAGUUGCUAAUAGGAGUUCUGAGGGAAGAAGAGGGAAUAAAGCAGGUGCACCGAAAGAGCCACUCCCAGAAUAUGCAGUGGUCGAUAAAACCAAGAAGAAAAAGAAGGUAAGGUUCCGCAAUGAAGGAACUCUAGUAAACGGAUCUUACCUUUUGAUUGUGACCAGAUCCCAGUAAAGUUUAUUUCAUAACCGAAUGAUCAAACACCUGUGUCACUUUUCUCUGUACCAUAAUUUAUACGUAUUCAAGACUACAUUCCGCUGGUAAAGAAGUUAAGAUGCAAAAGUCGAUACUCCAUAGACUGUAAGGAGUGGUGCGGACUUCUUGUAGAGCGUGUCUGUACGAGAGAAAGGAAGCACUAUAAAAAUACUUCCACCAAGCCAUUUACUGAUAAAAGGAACGAUAAGGAAAUUUAAACGUUUAAAUUUUGCAAUUGUUUAAGUCAGUUACCAUGGAAAACCAAGGCGUGGUGCCAUUGUUGUGGUUAAAAGUUCAAGCUUAACAACGGGCAUUGAUGUUUAAUGUCAGUUAGACAGCUUUCGUUACCAUGCCUACUCCAAAUCAUUUUCCGCCCACAAGGAUACACACCUAUUCGUAGUCCUCCGCUUUGCUCAGACGGAGGGCUAACGUUCCAAACGUGAGCUUUUCUAAAUUUACUAUCGCGGCUUAUCAACAUUUGUCAACCAUUAGUUGAUAUCAAACCAGCUAAGUGGACUCUGCUUGUUCGCGUACAUGAACCCACCGACCGAAAAAAAAGGAAAAAACCCAAUUAGGCUUUCCAGCGAGUCUCCUCCUUUUGGACACUUGCAUCAUUCCAAAAGUUAAUUUAUUUUUGAUGAACCGUUGUUAGAAGAAUGCUUACGAUUGUCUGUUUCGUCCAAUUACAACCUGUUUUUCUUUGUAUCGCGGGCAGACACCUAAACCUGGCGAGCUUCAGUAUGCUGAGCUUGGUGAACUGACUGGUCGUGGGCAGAAGGCAACAAUGCCACGUGUUAGUGGUACGGAUACUGUGUAUGCGGACAUUAAAUCUUAGAGGAUGUGUGCAGCUACUGUACAGCUCAGAGAUACUGAGCCCUAAAUGCGCGUUGAAAAAGCGCGCACACGCGUGUAGUUUUUUCAAACGCACUCAAAAAACGCGCGCGAAAUAAGCUCAUUAGUAUGUAUGAAGCAGUCUUUUGUUUUACCCUUUGUUUAAUUUUAUAUUAAUGUAGGAGAUAAGUUGAUUAGCUACCAAUUUUUCAAUUGCUUUGCUAAUAAAUGAAAGAUUCGAUACAGGACGAUAAUUGCAGAAUUGAGUAUGAUCCAAAGAAGAUUUCUUAAGGAGCGGGCGUAACAUUGCAACCUUGAGUUGCGAAGGCAUCUGACCAGAUUCCAAUGAGAUAUUUAUGAUUUUGGAAAUGAAAUGCAACAGAACACUAAGUGCAUUUCUUGUAACAUAACCAGAAAGAGGAUCAAGAGCACAUGACUUAGCAGCCAGAUUCAUGAUACAUUUAUGAACUUCAUCCGCUGUUACCAUUUUGAAAGUAUCAAAAGAAUAUGGACAGGCGUUGUCAACAACAACAACUGUAUCUCGAUGAGAGAAAGCAGCAGACGUUAUAUUACCCCGUAUUCUAUCUAUCUUUGUAGUGAAGUACUUAAUAAACUUGUUAGCAAGAUCAGUGGGCGAUUUGCAGGGGGAUAUUGAAUAUCUGUUUUCCUUUGUAGUAGUUUAUCAAUUAUCUUAAAAAAGCUGUUUAUAAUUUGACUGAUUCUCAUUGAUUAAUGAUGCGAAAUAAUUCUUCUUGGAAUCACGAAUUAAGUUGUUGACAGCAUCACAUCCCUCAAUAAACAACUUACGAUCAGAAGGAAGUUUGGUCAUUCGCCAGCGUCGUUCAAGUUUUCUACGGAUCUCUUUAAAUUAUUUAUCUCCUCAGAAUACCAAGGUGCAGCGGGACGCAAAGUAACUAACUUUUUUUGCAGUGGAGCAUGAGUCUCAAGUAUGGUAGUAAGGACUCUGUUAUAUUGAUCAAUCAAAUAAUCCAAGGAUGACGAUGACGAGGCAAAAAGAUCAGGAAGGCUCGAAUUCAUAACAUCAGCACAGAAAUUAUCAAAAUCAAUAGAUCGAAGCUUUCUGAAUGAAAUAAUCUUCUUGUCGAGCGGCGGCUUAUUAAGCGAGAGCUGGAAGUGAACAGCAGCAUGAUCAGAGAUGACAAAAGGAGAACCAAUUGUUAAAUUCGAAACAAUUCUAUCAUCAGAUCUUGUAAUCACAAGAUCUAAGGUGUGUCGAUCUUUAUGCGUUGAGCCAUGUGUAUGUUGAGUAAGAUUGAAAGAAUCCAACAAUUGAAGAAAUUCAGUUGAGUGUUGGGAAGAACAGGUGUCAACAUGUAUAUUAAAAUCACCAACUAAUAAUAUUCCCUCAGGAUCAGCGAUAUAGUGCUCCAGGAACGUAGAAAACUCAUCAAGGAACAAUGAGGGUGUUAAACCAUUCAAGGUCGAGGGAGGUGGGCGAUAAACAAUAAUAACUCUGAGUUUUAAACCGACUGUACUUGACAAUAACAAAUCCAUAUAUUCAAAGGACAAAAACUUCUUGAGCGGCUGCAACUUUAAGUUGAAAGAUGAUCGAAAUAACAAGCCAACUCCUCCUCCACGAGUAGAACCAGGUCGAGGAACAUGAUGUCGUUGCAAUUCCCUUUUGUAUGGCCUACCAGCCUACGCUAUAAAAAGGCUACAACACGUCCAGAAUGCCGCGGCGCGCCUCGUCACACUUACAAAAAAUCAUGAUCACAUUACGCCUGUUCUUUUCAAUCUUCAUUGGCUUCCCGUUAACCAACGUAUUAUUUUUAAGAUUUUACUUAUAACCUACAAGGCACUUAACAACUUGGCACCGUCGUACAUUUGUGAUCUGCUAACAUCUUACACCCCAUCGCGUCAACUACGCUCAUCAUUCAAGCACCUUCUGGUUUCUCCAUCCUAUAACUUGAAAACAUAUGGCGCAAGAUCCUUCUCUGUAGCAGCACCAUCAUUAUGGAAUGCUUUGCCAAGUGAAAUUAGAAAUGCUCAGUCUGUUUCUGUUUUUAAACGUAGAUUAAAAACUUUACUCUUUAGAAAAGCCUUUUAUAAUUAAUAUUAGCUGUCUUAAGUGUUAAU